AUUCUUGAAGUUAUAUAAACAAAAUAGAUAUAUUAUUAUAAAAUUAUGUUAUUUGUAUAUUAAAAUUUAAAUAUAUUCUUUUAACUUAUUUAAGAUAAUAGGUUAAGUUCCAUUGUAAGUAUAAGUACAAUUACAGUAAUUGUUAUUGCAUUAUUGGACUUUGAACCGACAUUAUCUGGAUGAGUAGAAUUCAUAAAAUAUUUAAGUUUAACGUUAGAAGUUUCAGUAUUUCAUAUACAUAGUGCAGAAAACAUGAGUGUGAAAUUAUAUUACGAUCUCCUGUCACAGCCAUCAAGAUCACUCUUUAUAUUUUUAAAAAAAGCACAGGUACCUUUUGAACCCUGUUUGGUAAACUUGGGAAAAGGAGAACAUUUGAAAAAGGAAUAUCUAGAAAAUGUUUCACGAAUUCCAAAAGUGCCUGUAGUACAUGAUGGAGACUUCAGACUGAAUGAAAGCGUUGGUAUAGUGAGAUACAUCUCCAGACAAUAUCCAGUUGAAGACCACUGGUAUCCAAAAGACAGCAAAAAACAAGCACUAGCAGAUGAAUAUUUGGAAUGGCACCACUUAAAUGUUAGAGUAAAUUGUUCUACGUAUUUUAUAAAAACCACAUAUCCUUUUUAUCAGUGGCUCAAUCCGAUGAAAACCGGAAAGCAGCCAUCAGAGGAAGAAGUGGGGAAGGCCAAAAAGUAUAUGGAGAAGUCCUUACAGGAUUUCCAGGACUAUUUUUUGUCAAAUGGAAAAUUCAUUAAUGGAAAUCAGAUAUCCUAUUCAGACAUCCAUGCUGCAUGCGAAAUAGAACAAACUAGAGUAGCUGGUUAUGAUGCUAGAGAUCAUUUUCCGAAAAUUAAGCAAUGGAUCGAAGCUGUAAGGGAGGAAUGCAACCCUCAUUAUGACAGAGCCCAUCAAUUCAUUAACUUACUGUCCCAAAAAGCAGAAGAUCCAAAGUCAAAACUGUAGAAUCAAGAUUUUUAAUUGUGUAUAUGUAUGGAUUUGUAUGGUGUUAUUAUUUUUGCAAUAAUUGUUUAUAAUAAACUUUAAACAUGUUUGGAGGUAUAU